GACAGAGGAUAUGACGGUGGUGAUUGAAAAAUGGGGAAGUAAGAGAGAGAGAAAUGAAAAAACUGUGUUAAGCGCGGCUUUUCUGAGAAGUGCAACGGGAGUUGAGUGCUUUGCUCUGACAAUAUUCUCUCUACCCUGUCUUCUUCACUGUUCUCUUGGGUUCCUGUGCUGUGCUCCUUCCAUAUAUGAAGAUCACAGCUCCUUUUCUCCGUUUUUAUAUUUUUAAAAGCAAAUGGAAACAUAAACCAUUUCUCUCCUCCUCUUCUGUCUUCUUUAACUUCUUUUCCCUCUUAGGUCUUCAGCUACUGCCCUUUUGAUUUCUGUCCUUUAUGCCUUUUCUUUUCUCAUUUUCAGAAAAGACAUCACUUAUGAGAGAGAGAGUUUUUCCAUAAACCCAUCUAUUCAUAAUUGCUCCUUUGAAAAAUGAUAUGAUUUUUCUUAUGGGAGUGGAAAUCUCAAAUGCACCAAUUUAUUGCUCACAUUUAUAGCCUUCUCUUAUUUCCGCUUCUCUGCCCAAUACCCAUUGAUAUCGAGUACCCUUUCCUCUCCAUUAAUACCCCAGUUCAUUGGUUUUGUUCAGGAAACCUUCAUCUCUGUGCCCCAACCCACUUCUAACUUUUCAGCAUCAAUUGGGUUUCACAUUCGUUUUCUAUUUCUCACAUAGUUUGCCUUCUUGGUGUGGCUAUUGGAUCACAUUCAAAUGCUCGUGCUUUUGGAGCUCUGCAUUCUGUUGCUUAAUGAUGCCAUUUUUACCAUCAAAAUGGUAAACCAUAAGUACUUGUGUAGUAAAGCUUGUGUUUUUAUUUAUAUUUCUGGUGUUAUAUAGUGAUUUGCUGUGUACAACUGCUUGGUUGUAUGCUCUUCUGCAAUGUUAUAUUUACAAAGGGUUGGAGGAAACCACUUGAUGUCUUCAAAGCAGCUCAUUUGCGGAUGGAAAGUCAAUUUGGAGCUGAUAAUGCAUUCCCUUGGUUUUUAGAUAAUUGGUUUAUGGUUUAAGGGAUUUAUAUUUGGAGGCCCUAUUUUUGAGAUCUUAGCUGAUUUUUACAUUUCUGAAUAUGCUUUGACCAUUUUAACUCAAGGAUUUAGAUUGCUCCCCUUUAGGUAUGGGGAAAAAAGAAGGAAGAAACGAGCUUUCCUAAAUCCCACAGUAUUGUUAUAUAUUGACGAAGCUUCUUCAUGUUAGUGAGGUUUUUGCAAAGAAAACCGUGGAUUGAGGAUGGAUUUCUUCAAAGUGAAGAAGUUCAGAAAAGCCCAAAAACCAGAGCCAGAGAAGGAUUUAGAGGAUAAGCCUGUGGCACAACCAGAGGAAUCAAAGAGUGAGAAUGCACGCGGUGGUACUGAUAUUGUAGCUGAAUCUGAGGAAGAUGAUGAUGAUUUUAUAACAAAUGAGGUGAAGAGGAGGUUGAAAGAACUGAGAAGAAACAGUUUCAUGGCAUUAAUACCUGAAGAAGAGUCAUGCCCUGAAGAGGAGGAAGAUGAGGAGGAGGGUGAAGGAGAGACAAACUCUAUUGAAUGGAGGGAUGUUGAAGCAGAAGGAAGGAAAUGGUGGAGUGGGUUUGAUACUGUGUAUGAAAAGUACUGUGAACGGAUGUUGUUCUUUGAUCGGAUGAUUUUGCAGCAGCUCAAAGAAAACGAUAAAAUUUAUUCAAAGGAUUUAUGGCAUCUACAGUUGCCUUGUUUCUCCACAACAUUUCUUCCCACUGGCCGUCAUACUCCUUUAACCCCUUCGCCGAGGUCUGCCACAAAGAAGCUAACAUCCCCUUUCCGCUGCCUUUCAUUGAAAAACAUGGAAGAACCUGAAGAUGAAACUGAACACCUGCAGCAGCCAUGGAAUGACCCAUAUCAAGAUCUUGAAAUUGCAUAUGUAGCUCAAGUUUGCUUAACUUGGGAGGCACUUCACUGCCAAUAUACUCAAUUGAUUCAGAAAAUAUUGUGCCAACUUGAAGGCUCAAUGUGUUACAAUCACAGUGCUCAACAGUUUCAGCAAUUCCAAGUUCUAUUGCAAAGAUAUAUGGAAAAUGAGCCCUUCGAGCUAGGUGUCAGAGCAGAAAUUUAUGCUCGUGCAAGGAAUCUGUUACCCAAACUGCUUCAGGUUCCAAAUGGAAAAGGUUCAAAUAGAGAAGAGAAAGGUGAAAUGGAAUCUGAUAUACGGGUGCUGGCACCUGAUCUUAUCAAAAUUAUGGAGAACUCAAUCCUUACUUUCCAUCUUUUCCUGAAGAUGGACAAGAGAAAGGCAAACAGUGUUAUGAACUUGUUUGGAAGUCAGAACCAAAUUGCAACCCCUCUUCAACUGAUUCAAUCUUCACUUGAGAAGAAAAGGAUGAGGUUGAAGGAACUGUGUAAGAAGAGUAAAGGCUGGAAGGAGAAAUCUUGGCCUCAAAUGUACGAGAAUGUUGAGCUGUUGUUUGGUCUCAUAGAUGUUAAAAUCUUGUCCAGAGUUCUUCGGAUGGCGAAGAUCAGUAAAGAGCAGUUAAUAUGGUGUGAAGAAAAAAUAAAAAAGCUAGCUUUAGCAGAUGGGAAGUUGCAAAGAGACCCCUCUCCCAUCCUGUUCCCUUGUUAAUAUGUGCCAAUAUACAAGCAGGAUUAUCAGAUGGCAGGAAGACACUGACCCAUUCUUUGAGCCGUAAAUUUGACGAAGGGAUACCUCUCCAAUGGCAUUUAUAAAUCUGUGUACUUGUGUAGAUGAAUAGAUAGUACAAAUUGCCUGUAUCUGUUUAUCUUCAUAAAGGACAUAGACAUCCUCCUAUGAAGUUUGUUGUUUAGGAAACUGAGCAGUUUUGCAUCAAGUGGGAAGGGUUGGAGAAGGAGAUGUCUGUAGGGUAUCUAAUAUGAUUUAUACGUGUUUAUUGUAGUGAAAUUGCUUUGAACUGCUAGCAGGUUAAGAGCUUGUGUCUCUUCAACCACAUUGCUCAUGUUUUUGUGAUUUAGGAAGUUUAUAUAUGGCUUUAUGUGAA